GACCAGGAGGCCUGAGACUCCACUCUCCAGAUAGACAUGCACCCCAAGGGCGCACCCGGGACCCCACCCAGGUCAUCCCGGGCCCCCUCAGCCUCAACCUGCCUCCAGGUCACCCAGGUCACCCCUUCCUCGGCCUCACCCCGCCUCCAGGUCACCCAAGUCACCCAGUUGGGGUGAGAACACUGAUGGGGGAAGGGACUCAUGACCCAUUGUGUCCCCUCUGAACCUUCUAGCACGGUCUCACGUGAGCUUUGGGGGACCCCCCACGUCCAGACCUUAACAGGGCCCAUGUCCCCCCGUGUGGAGGGACACAGGCCCCACAAAGCAGCCAGAGUGGCUUUGUGGCCAGGUACUUCUGGAGAAGAGGCAGUGUGGUGUCAGACCAGUGGUGCCGAGCUCGGGCAGUGGGACCCAGGACCAGGUUUGGGGACGCUGGUGGCUUUCAUGGUUGGGGAGUUACUGGCAUGGAGUGGACGAAGGCCAGGGACACUGCUCAGCACCCUGCAGUGCCCAGGACGGCACCUCAGAGAAUGACCUGGGCCCUUGUCCACAGUGCCCAGGGGAGACCCUUGCUCAUGUGUUCCCCCAAUUCUUGGAUUUUGGAAGCUGAGAAUGUGAAAAAUGUAUGUGACGUGGCCAUGACUGCUGCCCAGGGGCUCGAGUAUCCAGAGGUGGUUGGUCCUCGCUGUCCCAGGAGGCCGGCUGAGGCCUGUUUUCCUGUGGGUCAGGUUCCCUCUGGGCAUGUGGUGCUCCGGGCAUAGGUGAGCGGCAUUAAGGCGCUGUACGAGUCGGAGCUGGCGGACGCCCGCAGGGCCCUGGACGAGACUGCCCGGGAGCGUGCCCGGCUGCAGAUCGAGAUGGGCAAGCUGAGCGCAGAGCUGGAAGAGGUGCACAAGAGUGCCAGCAAGAGGGAAGGCGAGCUCUCCGUGGCCCAGGGCCGCGUGAAGGACCUGGAGUCCCUGUUCCACCGGAGCGAGGUGGAGCUGGCCGCCGCCCUCAGUGACAAGCGCAGCCUGGAGAGCGACGCGGCCGAGCUCCGGGCCCAGCUGGCCAAGGCCGAGGACGGUCAUGCCGUGGCUAAAAAGCAGCUGGAGAAGGAGACGCUGAUGCGCGUGGACCUGGAGAACCGCUGCCAGAGCCUGCAGGAGGAGCUCGACUUCCAGAAGAGCGUGUUCGAGGAGGAGGUGCGGGAGACGCGCCGGCGGCACGAGCGGCGGCUGGUGGAGGUGGACAGCGGCCGGCAGCAGGAAUACGAUGUGCGCCUGGCGCAGGCCCUGGAGGAGCUGCGCAGCCAGCAGGACGAGCACGUGCGGCUCUACCGCCUGGAGUUGGAGCAGACCUACCAGGCCAAGCUGGACCACGCCAAGCUGAGCUCCGACCAGAAUGACAAGGCGGCCAGCGCUGCCCGUGAGGAGCUGAAGGAGGCCCGCAUGCGGGUCGAGUCCCUCAGCUACCAGCUCUCCAGCCUCCAGAAGCAGGCCAGUGCUGCUGAGGACCGCAUCCGAGAGCUGGAAGGGGCCAUGACUGGGGAGCGGGAGAAGUUCCGGAAGAUGCUGGACGCUAAGGAGCAGGAGAUGAUGGAGAUGCGUGAUGUGAUGCAGCAACAGCUGGCCGAGUACCAGGAGUUGCUGGACGUCAAGUUGACCUUGGACAUGGAGAUCAGCGCCUACCGCAAGCUCCUAGAGGGCGAGGAGGAGAGGCUGAAGCUGUCUCCCAGCCCAUCCUCACGGGUCACCAUCUCACGGGCCACCUCGAGCAGCAGCAGCAGCAUGUCCACAGCUGGGCGUUCGAGCCGAAGCAAGCGCCGGCGUCUGGAGGCGGAGGAGCCCCCAGGCAGCGGCUCAAGUGGCAUUGGCUCGGGCAGCAUUGGCUCAGGCAGCAGCAGCAGCUUCCGCCUGGCCCAGCAGGCCUCGGCCACCGGCAGCGUCAGCAUCGAGGAGAUUGACCUGGAGGGCAGGUUCGUGCGGCUCAAGAACAACUCGGACAAGGAUCAGUCCCUGGGGAACUGGAGGAUCAAGAGGCAGGUCCUCGAGGGCGAUGAGAUCGCCUAUAAGUUCACACCCAAGUACGUCCUGCGGGCCGGCCAGACAGUCACGGUGUGGGCAGCUGGUGCAGGGGUGGCCCACAGCCCCCCCGCAACCCUGGUGUGGAAGAGCCAGAGCAGCUGGGGCUCCGGCGAGAGUUUCCGCACUGUGCUGGUCAGCGCCGACGGAGAGGAAGUGGCCACAAGAGCAGUGAAGCAGUCUUCUGUGGUGCGGGAGAACGAGAACGGGGAGGAAGAGGAAGAGGAAGCCGAGUUUGGCGAGGAGGAUCUUUUCCACCAGCAGGGGGACCCACGGACCACCUCGAGGGGCUGCUGCCUGAUGUAACUGAGCACUCGGCAUCUACACACUGUUCUUCACCCAGAGCCACUGAAAACUAUUUUUCUAUCAUUGGCUUUCGUUAGUCUUUGGUCUGUUUCUAGCUGAUUUUUAAGCAAACUGCCAACUCACGCGGGUCAGCGUGGCCUUGACCUCACCUGGGCACACCUUGCCGCUUCAGACUCCCACCCUCCCCAUUCCACUGCCUUCCACCCCCGGGGACCCUGAAGGCCGAGGGGCUGGGCCUGGGUGCUGUGGACGGCCGCCUCUGCCUCAGUGGCGGACCUGGCCUGCGGAGGGACAGAAGCCACCCCUGGGGGCUCGAGGUGGACAGAAUGUGAAACUGUAGGGAUUCUAUAGCUAUAGGAUUCCUUGAACGCUUUUUAAAAACCAAAUUCAGAAUCUGGGUUGUGACCUGGUUGGGGGGGCACUGUCACUGUCACAUCAAGAUUUGGUGGUUCCACUUCAGCCACCCGGAAGCCA